GUCCGUUGGCUAUCAAUCGAAAUGAUUGUUUUGAUUGUGCGUUGAUUCCGAUACGAAAUUGCCAGCUCUCCCAUGCCUUGCCUGAAAGUUCAUGUUCGAAUUUGGUCCAAAGUGUGCUCUAAAUGCGCCUAAGCAAUUCGCUUUGGUUGAUUUUAUUGUCUGUGGUCCUACGCGCUUCGAACACUCAACAGUAUCCCAAGAUGAGGCAAGAAAUCGAAGCAAAUGCACAAGUGAUUGGCGGGAAUGGUGGUGACUACUACGACUAUGUUUAUACUAAUGAGAAUGGGUUUGAUGAUUUGGAUACGCAACUGGAUGCGGCGGCAAACGAGGUUUUAGCUGUUCCUGAUGUGGCAGGCAUUUGUGUUGGUCCCGAAUGUGAUCCGAUAUCGUCGUCCGUCAGCUUGGAUUCUAAUGUGGGAACCACUUGCUUCCCAGUCAACCAAUCCCCGGGUAACAUGGAAACCACUGAUCCACCCAAGUGUGAACCGCCACCAUUGCCAAUACCUACGUCUCCGCCUAUACCGCCGGGUGCGCCCACAUUACCUCCAGCUAGCUCUACCACUGUGUUGUCAUGCGAUAAAUUUUUCAAAAAUGCCGAUGAUCAAAUACAGCCGAUGGACAACUUCCAACAGCAACAGCGAGCUGUUGAUGCUUCUACCAUGGCUCUGGCCGACGGUGAGCAGAGAAGCAAAGAGCUACGCACCCUUGUCCAGCAUUUAUAUGUCGCCCAGGCUCGAGUUCAAUUGGAGGCCACUGAAAUCAGAAAGGCCCAGGCAGUGGCCUCAACAGCGCAAUCGCAGCUCGAAGAGUCGGCGAAUCAUGUGCGCAGCAUUACCGCAACCCUUCACAAUGCCCAACAGGAAGUAGCUGCCGCGGCCAUUAGGGCACAGAUUGCACAGCUUCAGCUGGCAGCUCAUGAUCAGCUGCUGUUUGCUGCCCGUCAGGAUGUGGAUGCUCUGUCCUCGCAAAUGGUUGGACUGCAAGCGGCUGAGGGUAUUGUUCAGCCCAGAUUAACAGUAGAUCUGCACGCUCUACUUGACAAGCUGAGGCAGCCAUUGCAGCAAUUUGAUAGACCGACUCCUGUGCCUCUUAUCGUCACCCAGCCCCCUACAUUUGCUGCACAGCAGAACAGGGAGGGACAGCAGUCGCAAGGUACUGACAGUAGCGAUGACCCCAAUGGCCAAAAUAAUGGGUCUUUCGAAAACCCUGUAGAGAGAGAAGUAGUAAUACAGCAGCAGCCAGUUCGUUAUCCCCCCCAGACUUUCAAUAAUAUACAUUCCAAAAGUUGCAGGGCAGGAGGGAAAAGAGGUCAAGAUGCAUGGGCAGUAGAAGAUGGGGGUCAAUACGUGAACAUAGAAUUCACCUAACUAUUGUCGUUGUAGUUAAAGUUGCAUAUAUUUUUUUUCAAUUUAACAUGUUUUAACUACAUAUUGUGUACAUUAAUGAAUAGUGACUCGAUAUUUGUAUAAGUAUGCGUAUUUGGGAGUGUAUAUACAUAUAUGUUGUAUUUGCUUGGUCAUUUGUAAAUGGAUAUAUUCGUUUUUGGGUCCAGGGAAUCCUUGAACCGAUUACCUUGACCCUUUACCGCUGUAAUUUUAUAUAAUUCUUUUAAUUUCUAGUCCUUUGUGACAGUUUCAAACAAAUUAAAUAAUCAAUUUUGUAGUCAUAUUGAUUAAUGCUAGUUAGCUUGACUGAUUGUAAUUUUUCUAGUCUAUUUCAUAAAAUAAAGUGAAUUGCAAAUUUGUCUUUUAUGAA